UGAAGAAAAAUGCCUACUAAAAGAAAGCCAAGAGGAAGGGCUGCAGCUAACUUACCUAAAAAUGAUUUACCUAAGAAGACGCCGUUUACGAUUACCGAGCUUCCGAAGACAAAUAUUGUAGAAGCAGCUAUUAAUGACCGUAACACAACUGGCGUCUUAGUGUCCAGGCCUGAUGCUUUAGACAUAAAGAUUAAUAACCUUUCCCUUUCGUAUAAGGGGCAGGUGUUAAUCCAAGCUACCACAACUCUUGAACUUACAAUGGGGCGGCGUUACGGUUUGCUGGGUAGAAACGGGAGUGGGAAAACAACUUUUUUAAAAUCUCUUGCCGCUCGCGAAUUUCCCAUACCAGCGCAUAUUGAUAUAUAUCUGCUACAAGAGCAAGCAGAGCCUUCUGAUAUGAAACCUAUUGAAGCUGUAACCCACUUCGCUAAGCAAAUUCACAAGCAGCUCGAGGACGAUAUUGAGCGUGUUCUUGUUGAAUUAGGGCCCGAAUCUCCUCUUCUUUCAGAACUAUAUGAACGACUGGAAGUUUUGGAUCCUGCAACCUUUGACAAACGCGCUGGCCUACUUUUGGCUGGCCUCGGGUUUGGGCAGGAGAUGCUUAAUAAAGCCACGAAAGACAUGUCCGGUGGAUGGCGCAUGCGAGUAGCACUUGCGAGAGCUCUUUUCGUGCGACCCACAAUUUUGCUUUUGGACGAACCCACAAAUCACCUGGACCUGCAGGCGUGCGUGUGGCUGGAAGAGUACUUGAAGCGGUACGACAAAAUUUUGGUCAUCGUUUCUCACUCGAUCGACUUUAUGAAUGGCGUUUGCACAAAUAUCAUGCAUUUGACUUCAAAAAAGGAACUUCAGUUUUAUAGCGGAAAUUACGACCAGUAUGUAAAGACUAGAGAGGAAAAUGAAGCGAACCAAAUGAAACAGUAUGCUAAGCAGCAGGAAGAGAUUAGACACAUUAAAGAAUUUAUUGCCAGCUGUGGGACAUACGCCAAUCUGGUGAGGCAGGGGAAGUCGCGGCAGAAGCAACUCGACAAAAUGGUCGCUGAGGGACUGGUGGAACCCGUCGAGAAAGAGAAACCAGUCAACUUCAAAUUUCCUUCCUGUGAUACACUUUCUCCGCCAGUGUGCGCCUUCCAGAACGUCGGUUUUUCCUAUAGCGGGAAAAAAGGCCCUAUGCUUUACGUGGGUUUGGAGUUUGGUAUUGAUCUUGACUCACGUAUCGCGCUGGUGGGCCCUAACGGAGCAGGAAAGUCAACUUUGCUGAAGCUUAUUAACCAGGAAGUGGCCCCCACCGUUGGCACAAUUCAGAGGCACAGUCACCUGAGAAUCGCUAGAUACCAUCAACAUUCGGAAGACCAACUUGACCCGGAAAUGACACCGCUAGAGUACAUCCAGAGCCAAUUUAGAGAAAAGGGGCUGGAGCUUGAGCAGUGGAGGCAACAAUUAGGACGCUUUGGUAUCUCAGGGAAGUGUCAGACGUCGCCCAUAAAGACACUGUCGGACGGGCAAAAGUCCAGAAUAGUUUUCUGCUGGUUGGCGCAGAAGACACCGCAUCUUCUCCUUUUUGACGAGCCCACGAAUCACUUAGAUAUGGAAGCCAUUGAUGCGCUUGCUAAAGCCAUCAACUCUUUUGAAGGCGGCAUGGUCCUUGUCUCGCACGACUUUCGCCUGCUUGAUCAAGUGGCGAAAGAGAUUUGGGUCUGCGAUAAAAGAACAAUUAUGCCGUGGAGGGGCGACAUUGUCUCGUAUAAACGACAUCUCCUUAAGGAAAUGAAGGAUAUUCUCGAUAUUAUUUAGAGAGAAUUUAAUGGAGAGAGACCAGUUUA